AUGAUCUAUUGUUACCUUGUUUUUAUUGCGGCUUAUGCACACGAGUUUGGUGAUAUCUUUCAAGACCUCCGACAUUCUCCCUCAGCUCCCAUUUCGCCCAGACCUCCGACAUUCUCCCUCAGUUCCCAUUUCGCCCAGACCUCCGACAUUCUCCCUCAGCUCCCCAUUUCUCCCAUUCCCAUUCCCAUUUCGCCCAGACCUCCGACAUUCUCCCUCCCUCAGUUCCCACAUUCUCCUCAGCCCAGACCUCCGACAUUCUCCCUCAGUUCCCAUUUCGCCCAGACCUCCGACAUUCUCCCUCAGUUCCCAUUUCGCCCAGACCUCCGACAUUCUCCCUCAGUUCCCAUUUCGCCCAGACCUCCGACAUUCUCCCUCAGUUCCCAUUUCGCCCAGACCUCCGACAUUCUCCCUCAGUUCCCAUUUCGCCCAGACCUCCGACAUUCUCCCUCAGUUCCCAUUUCGCCUAGUAGAUUUCCGACAUUCUCCGUCUGUUCCCAUUUCGCUCAGCCCUCCAAAAUUCUUCGCCUGUCCCCCAUUCAUCCAUCCCCUCCUUGUUGCUUUUUUUCCCUUCCACCCUAA